ACGCACACACGCGCACACGCGCACACGCACGCUCUCUCUUUCUUACACACACACUUCCUCAAACACACCGUUGUGUCUGUUCUCCGGUCAGUAACAUACUUUACUUUAAGUACAAGGUCGGACUAGUUGACGCAGAUUUCUUGGUAGUUUCUCUGAGGUGUGAGUUCACCAUGGCUCCGUUCCUGCGGAUCGCCUUCAACGAGUUUAGUUUAGGAAAUCUUCCUCCAUCGACCACUGACCCAUUCUGUGCCAUCAAGAUGAAGGAGUCCCUCAGCACAGAGCGGGGAAAGACUCUCGUCCAGAGGAAGCCUACCAUGUACCCAGCGUGGAAGUCCACCUUUGAUGCUCAUAUCUACGAAGGUCGUGUAAUCCAAGUUCUUCUGAUGAAGACUGCUGAGGAGCCUCUCUCUGAGGCCACCGUGGGCGUAUCGGCCCUCGCGGAGCGCUGCAAAAAAGCCAACGGUCGAUUAGAAUUCUGGGUAGACCUGCAGCCCUCUGGGAAGGUCAUGAUGUCUGUGCAGUUCUUUGUUGAAGAUAAUGACUUGGAGAGCAAAGCAUCCGCCAGUGAGAAAGAGGCCGACACUCUAUUAACGCUGACUCGAAGGAGAGGAGCCAUCAAACAGGCCAAGGUUCACUGCAUCAAAAACCACGAGUUUACCGCCACCUUUUUCAAACAGCCGACGUUCUGCUCCGUCUGCAGGGAAUUUGUCUGGGGGCUCAACAAACAGGGCUACAAAUGCAGACAAUGCAAUGCGGCCAUUCACAAGAAAUGCAUUGAUAAGAUCAUCGGGAGAUGCACAGGAACGGCAACCAACAGCCGAGACACUGUGUUCCAGAAAGAGCGCUUCAAGAUUGACAUGCCACAUCGCUUCAAGACUCACAACUACAUGAGUCCUACCUUCUGUGAUCACUGCGGAAGUCUGCUUUGGGGAAUGGUCAAGCAAGGCCUUAAGUGCGAAGACUGUGCGAUGAACGUCCACCACAAAUGCCAGAGAAAAGUAGCCAACCUCUGUGGUAUAAACCAGAAACUUCUUGCCGAAGCUCUGAACCAAGUUAGCCUAAAAUCCUCCACAAAGCGUCCUGAUUCCUCUGUGUCAGACAUCGGCAUCUAUCAGGAUAUAGCCAAACAUGUGCCGUCAGAUCCUGGUGCAGAUAGCACUCCGUAUGACAAACUGUGGGAUGGUCACACUCCCACACCUGCCACCGUCCCACACCAAAACCUUUCCACACGCCUCUACGUUGAACAGUUUGAGUUUCACAAAGUGUUGGGUAAAGGCAGCUUCGGCAAGGUCCUCCUGGCAGAGCUGAAGGGCCGCGGCGAGUUCUUUGCAGUGAAGGCGCUGAAGAAGGACGUGGUGCUAAUGGACGACGACGUGGAGUGCACCAUGGUGGAGAAAAGGGUGCUAGCGUUAGCCUGGGAAAACCCCUUCCUCACGCACCUCUACGCUACCAUCCAAACCAAGGAGCACUUAUUCUUUGUGAUGGAGUAUCUAAAUGGAGGAGAUUUGAUGUUUCACAUUCAGGAUAAAGGCAGAUUUGAUCUUUACCGAGCCACGUUUUAUGGUGCUGAAAUUAUUUGUGGCCUGCAGUUCCUUCAUUCCAGAGGCAUAAUAUACAGGGACUUGAAGCUGGAUAAUGUGAUGCUGGAUAAAGACGGUCACAUUAAGAUCGCAGACUUUGGCAUGUGUAAGGAGAACGUGUUUGGAGAGAAUCGUGCCACCACUUUCUGUGGAACGCCUGAUUAUAUUGCACCAGAGAUCUUACUCGGGCAGAAAUACACGUUCUCUGUGGACUGGUGGUCGUUCGGAGUGCUGGUUUAUGAGAUGCUGAUCGGCCAGUCACCGUUCCAAGGUGAUGACGAGGACGAGCUGUUUGAAUCGAUCAGAAUGGAAACGCCUCACUACCCACGCUGGAUCACCAAGGAGGCGAAGGACCUGCUGGAGAAGUUAUUCGAAAGGGAACCUACCCGCCGGCUUGGCAUCGUGGGGAACAUACGUGGACAUGCCUUCUUCAAGACAAUCAACUGGCCUGCACUUGAGAAACGAGAGGUCACACCCCCGUUCAAGCCUAAAGUGAAAUCCCCCAACGACUGCAGCAACUUUGACCGUGAAUUCCUGAGCGAGAAACCCCGCCUCUCACACAGCGACAAGAACCUGAUCGACUCCAUGGACCAGUCUGCAUUCGCCGGCUUCUCAUUCAUCAACCCCAAAUUGGAAGCUAUUAUGGAGAAAUGAGACAUGUUGUUAUUGCUAUAACUGAGACACACUUGCACUCGGAGGGCACUGGAGCUCUCUGGGUCCAACCAGUGUUGGACACAGCCACCCUCUGCAUGGACUCCAUCACAAAUACUCACUUUCCUUGACCUAACGUGCCCAAGCUUGCUCUUCUGCUCAAAGUGUGAAUGAAGUGUACUAGAUCAGAAAAUGCACAAGCAAAACCAGCUCACAAACAAAUACCACUGCGCCCCCUAGGGACCAAGUAAUAAAUGUUUCUUUUUCUUUUUUUUUAAUUUCUCUUGAUCCAAUGAACUGUAUCUGAUGUACUGUAUUUUGAUGUUGUAAUAUAGGAAGCAGGUAUUGGUUGACACGUAGGAAGAUUGUUCCCACUCACAACUUGGACCUCACAAAUGCCAGUGAUUUUCCUUUCUCGUCAGCAGUGUUCUUAUUGACAAAUUGGUGUUUUUUUUUUCUUUUUCUAGUGUUGCCCUUUUUUUCUUUUAUUUUUAAACACCUUUGCUUUUACACCAGGUUUUCCCUUAAAUAUAUAAAGCAGGAGUACUGGAUUCACUUAGAUCACCUUCCAAAUAGCUCCACAAAGAAAGGCAAAAUCUAGCCUGCUAAUCGAACUACACACUCCUGUGUUCUAGAAACCACAGCCAAAAUAAUUCAUUCUAUUGUUCUUAUAGCCUAUGGUACUAGAUUUUGCUACAAAAUAAAUAGUGGGUGGAGGUUUAAUAUCCACAUUCAACUAAAAACUGAGAUAAAGGAUAUAUGAUGUUACUAUACAUGUAGGUGUUUUUUUUUUUUUAAGAAUUACAAUGUGUGUAUAUAUAUAUAUAUAAAUGUAUGUAUAUUGUUCUGAGCUAUUGUCAUUGUUGGGAAGAUAAGGAUGUUUUUUGUUUUUUAUUACACUUCAGAACCCAUUAUAAUAAAAAGCAUCUUUAUCGAGGAA